AGUGGAUGCCUUCAAUUGAGCUCAAUACACAGCAAUUAGACUAGGGUAUAAAGGUAAUGGUGAUGGUAUUCAUCAUCACCAUAGAAGUCUCGGAGCUGCUACUCCGCUCGUCCGUCGGCGCCUCCUGGCGAUCCCUCCUACCACUAUCACACAUCUCGCCAUUCCGACAGACAAUCGUCACGUCCGAAGCCGAGGCGACGUGACAGUCCUCAUCAGAUGAGAUGAGGCUGCUAAAGAACGCACGGACAUCGAUCGCCGAUAGACUAGUAGGCACAUUUCGCUCAGUAACUUUUCGAACAAUCUUACAGAUUAAAAGGGUUACUUGUUGCCGUUAUUUACCCUCGGGGAAAUCCUCCAACGGACCUGAUGUCGCAGACAUUCCAGGUGCAGCUUUUACUGGCGCUUGCGCAGCAGCAGAAGUUUCUCCUGAUGCAGGCACUUUCUUCUCGUCUGUCACCGCUGCCGCCGAGGUUUCCGUUGCGGGUGUUGGAGCUGGCUCCACAGUCUCCGUUGCUGUUGUUGCUGCAGUUGCUGCAGGAACAGCUGGCGGAGCAUUCUCAAUUGUCACUGCAGGAGUUGGCGGUGGAGCUGUCUCUUUCUCGACAACCUUCUCCUCUGCUGGUGGCAAUGAGCUUUCCUUCACUGGCCCAUUAGUCGUCUCUGCAACUGGCGGUGCUUCUGCCGUGGUUUCCGUCUUUGGCGGAGGAGCAGGAGGGGUGUCCAGGGCUGAUACAGGCGCUGAUGGUGCUGGUGUAUCCGUGGCAGGAGAAACGCCAGAAGUCUCUGUGGACGGCGCUUUCGGCAAAGCUGCUUCUUCGCUGGGCGCAGGUGCUGUUGUGCUCGGGACCGCUGCAGUAUCUGGCGCGCUUGACGGCUCAGAGGGCAGCUGUUUGUUCGUAUCUGGUGCUGCAGUUGAGGCAGAAGGCGCACUCUGUUCUACCGCUGGCUUCGAGGCUGGUUGGUCGGGGGCAGCGGCUUCGGGCUUCGUGGCUUCGGACUUCGUGGCUUCGGGCUUCGUGGCUUCAGGCUUCGUGGCUUCAGGCUUCGUAGCUUCGGGCUUCGUGGCCUCGGGGACGGCGGUCGGAGUGGUAGAUGGCUUCGCAGGUGGUUCGGCGGCGCUUUCUUGCUUGUUCUUCUUCCCUCGCUUGAGCAUGCCCUUGAACAAGCCCUUCAGCCUCUCUACCGCAUCGGGAGGAACGCCUGGCAUGAUGAUGGUGGUGGUGGUAGUGGUGGUGAUGGGCGAGCAGGAGGUUUACCGCUCUCAGUGAAAUAGAGAGGACGCGACAAACGUGGCAAGCUACGGGUCAGCAGCAGCAGUCAGCAAGCAGACAGCGCAGCAGUCAUUCAGGUAGGUCAAAGUAGAAC